GCGGUCACAGCGCCGCCGAGCUUCCCAGGAGCGAUCAGAGUCCGGCGAGCGAAGGGCUCCGAGGAGCACUGGAGAUGUCCUGUCCGCGCCUCCUCCUGCUCAGAUACCUGUUCCCGGCCCUCCUGCUACAUGGGCUGGGAGAGGGUUCUGCUCUCCUUCAUCCAGACAGCAGAUCCCAUCCUAGGUCCUUAGAGAAAAGUGCCUGGAGGGCUUUCAAGGAGUCACAGUGCCAUCACAUGCUCAGACAUCUCCACAAUGGUGCACGGAUCACUGUGCAGAUGCCGCCUACAAUCGAGGGCCACUGGGUCUCCACUGGCUGUGAAGUAAGGUCAGGCCCAGAGUUCAUCACAAGAUCUUACAGAUUCUACCACAAUAACACAUUCAAGGCCUACCAGUUUUACUAUGGCAGCAACCGGUGCACAGACCCCACCUACACGCUCAUCAUCCGGGGCAAGAUCCGCCUCCGCCAGGCCUCCUGGAUCAUCCGCGGGGGCACCGAAGCUGACUACCAGCUGCAUAAUGUUCAGGUCAUUGGCCACACGGAGGCAGCAGCCGAGAAGCUCAGCCAUCUGGUGAACCGCACCUGCCCAGGUUUCCUGGAAGCUGGGGGCCCUUGGGUGCAGGACAUGGCCUAUGACCUGUGGCGGGAGGAGAACGGCUGUGAGUGCACCACAGCCGUGAGUUUUGCCAUGCACGAGCUGCAGCUCAUCCGAGUGGAGAAGCAGCACCCACACCACAGCCCAGACCACCUGGUGGAGGAGCUCUUCCUCGGUGACAUCCACACCGAUGCCUCCCAGAGGACAUUCUACCGGCCGUCCAGCUACCAGCCCCCGUUGCAGAAUGCCAAGCACCACGAUCACACCUGCAUAGCCUGUCGGAUCAUCUACCGGUCGGAUGAGCACCACCCACCCAUCCUGCCCCCCAAGGCCGACCUGACCAUUGGCCUGCAUGGUGAGUGGGUGAGCCAGCGCUGUGAAGUGCGCCCUGAGGUCCUCUUCCUCACCCGCCAUUUCAUCUUCCAUGACAACAACAACACCUGGGAGGGGCACUACUACCACUACUCAGACCCUGUCUGCAAGCACCCCACCUUCACCAUCUAUGCCCGUGGCCGCUACAGCCGUGGUGUGCUGUCCUCCAGGGUCAUGGGAGGCACAGAGUUUGUGUUCAAAGUGAAUCACAUGAAGGUCACCCCCAUGGAUGCAGCCACAGCCUCACUGCUCAAUGUCUUCAAUGGGAAUGAGUGUGGGGCCGAGGGCUCCUGGCAGGUGGGCAUCCAGCAGGAUGUGACACACACCAAUGGCUGUGUGGCCCUUGGGAUCAAACUACCUCACACAGAAUAUGAGAUCUUCAAAAUGGAACAGGAUGCCCGGGGACGCUACCUGCUGUUCAACGGCCAGAGGCCCAGCGAUGGGUCUAGCCCUGACAGACCAGAGAAGAGGGCUACAUCCUACCAGAUGCCCCUUGUCCAGUGUGCCUCCUCUUCACCCAGAGCUGAGGACAUCUCAGAAGACAGCGGAAGCCGCCUAUAUGGCCAGGCCCCUGUGCACGGUGGCCAGGCCCUGCCAUUGGCUGUGCUGGCCUGCUUUUGGACUCUACUGUACUGGGACAUCCUCAGAUAGGAGUUUUUAGAAAGUUUUAUUUUUACAAGCAAGAAUUCCUUACAAUUUAUAGACCUUCUUUGCCAAAAGAAAAGGACAUUUAUUCUUUUGAUGCACUUGAAUGCCUGAGAACCUUCUUUCCUUUUCUCCUCUCCCUCCCUCCCCACCGCCCCAGUCAUGAACAGCCACAGUGUUUGAAGUUUCUGCUUUGAACUCCAUCCAGCCUGAUCCUGAGGCCUGAACAACUUCACAACAGUAAUUGCACUUUAAGACAGCAGCGUCUCAGGCCAGUGUGCUUUUUUAGCAGGGAUGAGAGUGAAGGCUUCUUAUUUUUGCCUCCUAAUUAUUGUUUUUCUGAGUUGAAUUGAGGGGAAGCAAAUAUCAAGCCACAAUUUUCACUGUGUAUUGCAUCUUGUUCUCCUUUGAAACUGCUUUCCUGUCUGUGUUGUAGAGGCUGGAAUUUAAUGCAGAGUUGAUCUGGGACUGUGACCCAGACACCUCUUAUUAAUAAAGAAAAGAUGGGUGUAGAUGUGUACACACGAAGACACACGGCUAAACCACUUUCACAGUCUGUAUGCAAAACCGAAGGGAAUCAAAGCUGGCAUUUCAGAAAGGCCCAAAGAGAAAAGUGUCAGUAAUUAAAGUUUCAAAGUAAUUUAGCCUA